CUAAACAAAAUUAAAAUUUGAUUUCAGUUCUAAAUUUGGAGCGAAAUCAAUCAAUCAAUCUUCAUCAUCAUCAUCAUCAUCAACAAUGGCGCUAUCAUCUGCGUUUCGAGAGAGGUUAGAGCACAUGGAUUACACCAGAAUUCAACGUCUUUCCCUUCUCCAGGCAGAGAAAGAAUUACAAGUAAACAAGUCACAGAUUUUAGCUUCAAAGUUAAGGGAUGUUACUUCAAUGGAGCAACGGUGCUUGAUUCUCGAGCGUAAUAUUGCGUUUCAAAACUAUAAAAUUUUAGCUUUAAAAUCUGAGAUUCAGAGACUUGAUGCUAAAUAUGAGGCUGAUUCACAGCAGUUGAGGGUUUUGAAGAGUGAAGUGGAGGAGGUGGAGGAAUUGGAGAAGGAAAAAGAGAGGUUUUACGAGAUAAAAUGCGAUGAGAUGAAGGAAUUUCAGAAAAAUGUGGAGGAAUUCGUGCUCAAAUAUCGAAUUCAAGUAUAUGAAUUGAGGAAUAAAGUGAAUGAGCUAAAGGGUACCUUUAAUGAUCUCCAAGGCAAGAAUGGACAUUUGAGCAACUCCGAGAUAGCUGCAGCAGAGACGAGAAGGGCGGAAUUGACUGUUGGGAAGGAGAAUCUGCAGAAAAAAUUGGCUUCUAAUUACCAAAUAAGAUCACAAUUGCAAAAUCAGCUAAAGGGUAGUAUAUUGAGCACACACCAUCAAGACUAUAGGAAACCAUCUCAAUCUCAAUUCACUUCAUUCAACUAAACUCCUUGUCAGAUACGAGGCAAUGAGUUGCUGAAAUGAAGCCUCUUUGUAUAUAUUGCACAACACAUAACAUCCCUUUGAGAUGUCUCUCUUUAAUCAAAUGAUUCUGAUGCUACAUUUUCAUCAAUUUUUACAUUAGACUAGAGAGAGCACAAAUGGUCAGGUUUUGUGGUGUUCGUUUCUGUGGCUCUGUUGGACUGCAAUGAGUCUAAUGGAAUGAGUUAUCCGCAGCGGGCGGAUCCAAGAUUUCAUUUCAGUCCGCCUUAAUCUUUAGUCGACCUCUGUUUUUUUAAUGCUCCAGAUUUAACCUUCUUUAAUCCUGAAUUACUUCUAUUUCUUAAACAAAAUAGACGUGAGGUCGGACUAAAGUCUACUCUAGUCUUAAAGUAGUUCCUCGCUGGUAAUCUAGAUCGGUCCCCGCUCAUGAUCAGGUGAUAUUUUUUUAACUGUAUUGAUAUUUUUUUUAUUAGUUUUAUUGUAUAUGUAAAUAUUUGAACGGUUCGAGUCGGACUGACUCGGGGGGCAAUAACAUGAACCAACUCAAAUCCGAAUCAGAAUAGUCAUGAUUCAUAAAUACUUGACCCAUGACCAGGCCUAAUGGGCUAUAAAUGGACUCUUGAGGUCCAGUAAUGAUAUCAUUAGCAAAGCUCGUACAAGGCUCUAGAACCUUCUUUGUGAAAAGCCCUAAAUUACAUUAAUUUAUACACAAUUCCCGAUUUGCCCUUUAUAGCUCCCAAAAGCAGAGGAGGUUUCUAGUAUACUCCACACUUGAUUUUCCCAUUUCAAAAACCAAAUUCUUUCUCACCAGAGCAAAACAGUAACCCAAAAUUGCAGCAAAUAUAGCAAACAAGAACACCAAGCUAUCAUCUUCAACAAAAA